AUGAUGUCAACGCUGUGGCGUAUGUCCGGUGGUCUGCAGUACAUGGGACAUACUAGCCGCGACUGGGUAAACAAGAAACAAAAGUUUGCCAGAGAAGUGUCCCAAGAUGACGUCAAGAAACUUCUGGAUUUCUUCGAGAAUAUGCAGAAGAUAAACCCAGAGUUUUUCUAUGAUUAUGACGUUGAUGCAGAUAACCGUGUAAGAAACGUCUUUUGGGCCAACGCAAGUUGCAAAGGAUCGUAUGAAGAUUUUGGAGACUGCGUUACAUUUGACACGACGUAUAUAACUAACAAAUUCCACAUGCCGCUGGGAGUCUUCGUGGGAGUGAACCGUCAUCUACAGAGCACCAUGUUUGUUGUUGCACUCAUGCGAGAUGAAGCAAUACCGUUGUUCGAGUGGGUUUUCAAAACAUUUCUGAGGUGUAUGAACAACAAGCCGCCAAUCUGCAUGCUCACAGACCAGUGUUCUUUGAUGAAGGUAGCAUUUAAAACUAUCCUCCCACAUACUCUGCAUAAGUUGUGUCGGCGGCAUAUCAUGAAGAAGUACAAAGACCACCUCGCCUUGCUGUAUAAGGCGCAUGAGAAACUCAAGGAUGACCUCAAUGCGGUGCUGAACCACCCACUAAUGCCGUCAGAAUUUGAACGAGCAUGGAAGGACCUCAUUCAGAGAUACAACUUGCAAGACGAUGAAGUGAUGAUUUCGCUGUGGGAUGACAGGCACGAGUGGAUCUCGGCUUACUACAAGGAAAUUUUCUGUGCUCGGAUGACUUCCACACAGAGAAGCGAGAGCAUGAACCACAUAUUGAAGAAAUUUUUUGUCAAAGAGAAGCAUGAUCUCCAUUUGUUUGCUCAGCAGGUGGACAAGUGCAUUCAGACCAGGAAGGCCGUCGAGCACGCAGAGACAGUAGCAAAUGAGUCAGAGGUAAAGACAACAACCCAGUUUGGGUUCGAAGUUCAGCUAUCAAAAGUGUAUACAAGGGCAGUGUUUGCAGAUUUCAAAGAAACACUCUACCAUAGCACUGCAUUCAGAGCAGAACGGUGCGCUGAGAACCCAACAAAGUAUCUCACACAGCCGCCCGUCAACGCCUACACGGUACUUGGCUGGUUUAAGGUGUCCAUUACCAAGAACAACUUGGAGAAUUCCCUUCUUCUUGAGCCGGAGAUACCUAACAGCUCGUUGGGGAAUUUUCUGCAAAAAAGCAGUACAGAUUAA